AUGCCUUUAAAUGUGUCAGCACCAGCAAUCCUGAUGCGACUAAAGGAAGAGACGCUGAUGGGAAUAGAGGGAGCCGAUGGAAAGGGCAUCAGACCAUCUCCAAAUAAGCUGAAGGCAAUAUUAAACAUGCCAGAGCCUAGAAUUUUGAAAGACUUGGAAUCUUACCUAGGCAUGAUACAAUAUUACAAAGAAUUUACCCAAGAUCGGUGA